CGGCGGCGGCUGCUGCUGCUGCCGCCGCGGAGGCAGACAGACCGGGCGCUGCCGCCGCCGCCCUCCCCCGGCUCCAUGCCGCCGCCGCCACCUCCUCUCCGGCGAGGGGCGGGGGGCUCCGGCCCCGGGUGGGCGCCACUCCGCGCAGCGCCGCUCCCCUCCCUGCCCUCCGCCUGGGCGCCGAAGCCGGCGAGGGCGCCCGCCGCCUCCUAGGAGCGCACGCUCCGCGCGCCCUACUGGAGCGAGGGGGCGGGCGUGGGCGGGCGUCCGGGCAGCCGGCUAGAGGAGGGGGCUUCCCCGAGGAUGCCCGGCGGCCGCACCUCGCCCCAAGGCGCGAGCUGAGCGGACCUGGAUCGAGCGGCGCGUCGCCAUGCCGGCGUGACGGGCGCCCCCGGCUGCCCGCGCGGGCCCCCACACUGCCCCACGCCGAGCCGCGCCGGCGCCGGGCGGCAGGAUGGGCUGUAUCCAAAGCAUCACCUGCAAGGCGCGGAUCCGGCGCGAGAACAUCGUGGUGUACGAUGUGUGCGCCACCAUCGACCAGUGCCCCACGCGCAUCGAGGAGACCUCGCCCAUCGUCCUGCGCUACAAGACCCCCUACUUCAAAGCCUCGGCCCGCGUGGUCAUGCCCCCCAUCCCCCGCCACGAGACCUGGGUGGUGGGCUGGAUCCAGGCGUGCAACCAGAUGGAGUUCUUCAACACCUACAGCGACCUGGGCAUGUCCAGCUGGGAGCUGCCCGACCUGAGGGAGGGGAGAGUCAAGGCCAUCAGCGACUCGGACGGGGUGAGCUACCCCUGGUACGGGAACACCACGGAAACCGUGACCCUGGUCGGCCCCACCAACAAGAUCUCCAGGUUCUCCGUCAGCAUGAAUGACAACUUCUACCCCAGUGUGACGUGGGCCGUGCCAGUGAGUGACAGCAAUGUGCCCCUGCUCACGAGAAUCAAGAGGGACCAAAGCUUCACCACCUGGCUGGUGGCCAUGAACGCCACCACCAAGGAGAAGAUCAUUCUGCAGACCAUCAAGUGGAGGAUGCGGGUGGACAUUGAGGUGGACCCUCUUCAGCUCCUGGGGCAGCGGGCGCGGCUGGUGGGCAGGACUCAGCAGGAGCAGCCCCGGAUCCUGAGCCGGAUGGAGCCCAUCCCCCCCAACGCACUAGUGAAGCCCAACGCCAACGACGCCCAGGUCCUCAUGUGGAGGCCCAAGCGGGGGCCACCCCUGGUCGUAAUCCCCCCCAAGUAGAGCAGACGGCCUGACUGUGGAGCACACACCGCGAGGCACUCUGCGAGGUUACCAGGGUGGCAGGAGCCACACUGGUCUCUGAGCCAAAGCAGACCUCUCAGCCGGCCGGCCAGCCCCCGCAGCCACCGCGCAGAGCCAGCGCCCCUCGGCGGCGGGGUCCCUAGGAAACGCCCUUCCUCUUAGGAGUAAGUCGCUGAUUGACAGACUUGCCGGGACUGUCUCCACGCAGCCAUGGUUCGGCGCGGACCAGGAGGGUUCUCUGUUUGUUGCCCAUUUCUGCCCUGCGAGACGCAGGGGACGGCCGUGGAACUAAGCAGUGCCUGUGGUGGCCAGGGCUGCUUCCCCACCAGCUGAAUGGAGUGCAAACAGCCGCACCCGUGUGGUGAGGCACGGCCCCUUGUCGAUGGAGGGGCUGGGGAAGCAGGUGUGAGAGGUGGCAGAGCAGAGGGUGGGGGAGAGGAUGUGCUUUGUCAAUGGACCUCGGCUUGGGACACGCACUAGAAGGAAGGGAACGCUGGCCAGCCAGGAAUCCAGGCGCUCCGCACCAGAAGGGGGAGCUCCCGGGAACUGUCCAGGGUGCUGGCCCACUGAGCCGUGGAGAUGCCGCUUCCCCUCUCCAAGGAGGCGGAGCCCGGCCUCCUCCCCGCAGAAUGGACGCGCUGUCCCUCCUGCCGCAGCCCUGUGUUUGGGCCCUGCGUGUUUUCAGUGGAGCCCAAACUGAUUUUGUUUACAGCUGCUUAUUCUUCUCCCAUCACCAGCCCUAACUUUACAAAACAGAUUGAUAAGCCAUGAAGCCAUGGAGGGUUUCAGCAUUUCAACAGGCAAGAACCGUGUUUUCA